AUAAUUAAAUAUGGAUAUUGAUAUUACUUGCAACAUUGUACCUGUGCACUUUAUGGACAGAAUGGUCACUUUCCUUUUGAUUGUUAUAUUAUUGGAAUAUGAAUACUUUAUUUAUUUAUUACUCAACACUAAGCAACAUUUUACAUUAUUGCUGAUGCAAAGUAACAUUUAUCACAUUUUAAUACAUGCGUCAUACUUUUUGUCGUGUACAUUUAGUAUAUUUUAAAAGUACAACAUUAUCUCUGAAAUGUGGCAUGACAUAAAAAUAGUAAAGUAAAAAUACUUGGAUGCUUUAUGAUCACUGAAAACCGUUUUAUAGCGAUAAUAUAAUAGUUGUAUAUGUACUGUGUCUGGUAUGAACCAUAAACUUAGCAUACAGUGCUCCCAGUUCUAAUUGGACCUUUAUAUAUUCAUGUUUCGGGGCUUCAUUGAUCACCCGUCUCAAUAAUGGGCGCAUUGUCUCGCGGGCUAACGUAAACUGCUAACGUAAACUGCGUAACCUCCGGCGACUUGAAAGGGUUCGCGGCGUUCGCGCCAGUUCGCUGCUGCGCCACAGACGACGCGCCGCCUCCCGAGAGCCCCCUCUGGCCCCGCCCCUUCUUUCAAAAAAUAGAGACUCGCUCCGAUUGGCCGCGCGGACGGGGGAGGGGCCACGUGACCAACGGUAGCGGGAAGCCUCAUUGCCACGCGCGUGAUAGGGGAAAAGCCGAGUUCGCUUGACUCAUUCAAACUUUUUUUUUUUCUUCUCCUCCUUUUUGUAAACAUUGGUGCUUUUUUACGUGUUUCUGCGUCGGCGAGCCGUCAAGAAGUUACCGGCGGGCGCUCACGCUCGAUCGGACCGAGUAUUGCCCGUUGGUUUUUUAUUUUAAACUACGACUUCGGGACGUUUCGCCCCUCUCGGCGGCUGCGGGGCCUUUUUUUUCUCCGCACUGGAUGGGCGUGUUGGAGUCCGCGCACACGUUCGUUCACGUUUCCUCGGACGUUAACGGACCUUUAAGCGUCUCGCGCACUCGCUUUGGAUCGAUACCUUUUUUAUGGUAAGGUAGUUAGACGCGAGCUAGCUUAGCGAACCGCCUCGGAUAACCGUAGAGGGGGCACAACCGCGUGAUUUAUUUUUUCUCCUCCUGUCGACGUCCGGGAUUUAAAUCCUAAAAAAAAAAAAAAUGUCGAGCUUCGGCCGCCAUCGACGCGGAUCUCCUUCCCCGAAAACUCCCCCGAUACGGCAGAAGUUACAGUUCACGUGCAGCGACGGGGAGGACGAGCCCAUCGAGGACGCGAACAACAGCACCGGGGGAGAGUCCGGCUUCACGGAGAUGGACUCCCCGAUGCCGCUGCGCCGGCAACCCGCCGACAAGCGGCUGGAGGGCGCCAGCAGCCCCCUGAACCAGUCCGGCGGGGACGACGACGUGGAGCUGUGGGACGAGGAGAGCUACGGCUCCCCGUCGCACCUCCGGUCCCCGAGCAGCGUCAUCUUCGCCAACUGCUCGCCGUCGCCGAGGAAGGCGUCCCGGCUGUACGGAGGGUCCCCGGAGCGGUCCUACGUCCAGGACGACGGGGAGGGCUCCAGCUCCCCGAUCCCGGACUGUCCCGACACGCCUCCGCACAAGACCUUCAGAAAACUGAGACUUUUUGACACGCCGCACACACCAAAGAGCUUGCUGCACAGAGCCCGGGGCUCGGGGUCCUCCAGCAGGAGAGUGUCCUUGUUCAAGAACGUGGAGCCUUCAGGGAAGUCGCUCGCGGACACCAGCCGCAGGCUGCAGACCCCUCUGGUGAACUUUAACCCCUUCACGCCGGACUCCCUCCUCAUCCAGUCCGCCACACAGCAGAGAAACCGGAAGCGAGCUCACUGGAACGACUCUUGUGGAGAAGACAUGGAGGCGAGUGACGGGGAGGGCGAGGAGGAGGCGCUGCCCCCCUCCAAGAGGAUCACCAUGAUGGAGAGCAACAUGAUGUCCCGCUACGCCUCCGAGUUCCUCGAGCUGGAGAAGAUCGGCUGCGGAGAGUUCGGCGCCGUGUUCAAGUGCGUGAAGAGACUCGACGGCUGCAUCUACGCCAUCAAGAGGUCAAAGAAACCUCUGGCGGGAUCCGUCGACGAACAGAACGCCCUGCGCGAGGUGUACGCCCACGCCGUGCUGGGCCAGCACCCCCACGUGGUGCGCUACUACUCGGCCUGGGCCGAGGACGACCACAUGCUCAUCCAGAACGAGUACUGCAACGGCGGCACGCUGUCCGACGCCGUCGCCGACAACUACCGGCGGCUGGGCUACCUGACGGAGCUGGAGCUGAAGGACCUGCUGCUGCAGGUCACGCGGGGGCUCAAGUACAUCCACUCCACGUCUCUGGUGCACAUGGACAUCAAGCCCAGCAACAUCUUCAUUUCACGGAAGACCGUCGCCAGCUGCGACGAGUGUGACGAUGACGAGGGGCUGACCACCAGCGUCGUCUACAAGAUCGGUGAUCUUGGUCAUGUGACCCGAGUGAACAACCCCCAGGUGGAGGAAGGUGACAGCAGAUAUUUGGCCAAUGAAGUUUUACAAGAGGAUUACAGCAAGUUGACGAAGGCGGACAUCUUUGCUCUGGCUCUGACGGUCGUCAGCGCCUCGGGGGCGGAGCCUCUUCCCACCAACGGAGACAAGUGGCACGAGAUCCGAGAGGGGAAACUACCCGCCAUCCCCCAAAUACUGUCACCAGAUUUCCUCUGUCUUCUCAAGCUGAUGAUCCACCCCGACCCGAGCAGACGGCCGUCGACGUCGGAGCUCAUCAAACACCCGGUGCUGCUCACCGCGGCCCGGAUGAGCGCCGACCAGCUGCGGGUCGAGCUCAACGCCGAGAAGUUCAAGAACGCGCUGCUGCAGAAGGAGCUGAAGAAGGCUCAGCAGGCCCGGGUGGCGGCGGAGGAGAAGGUUCUGUCCACCGACCGGAUCCUGACCCGCUCCACGGUCCAAUCGAAUCCCAGAACCUCCCGGCUCAUCGGCAAGAAGAUGAACCGGUCGGUCAGCCUCACCAUCUACUGACCGCCGAGCCGCCAGACAGGAAGUGAACAUUCACCGAGGCUCACGGACCUUUUUAACACAAAAACAACCCAUUUCAGACGGAAUCGGUCUCUUUGAGUUUGAUCCCUGUCGGCCGUGGUGGAAAAAUACUGAACUUGAACGCCUCUCCAUCAACUCUCAUUGCCAACAUGGUUCAACCCCUUUAAAAAAAAAAAAAAUUCCAAUGGACUUUUUUUGGAAAAUGUACUGGUCAUUCCCAAAAGGUAGUUACUUUACCUUUUCCACACUCUGCCAUUCCUUAGCUGCAUGAACGCCGGGGCUCUGUCACCGUUUCUGUCCUUGCACUUCUUCCCCUUCGACAAAGCCGAAGCCGCAGAGAGACGCUCUCUCUCUCUCCAGAGAGACGCUCUCUCUCUCUCUCCAGUGUGAAUGUACUUUGCCCUGAGCACCUUACUGCCUGUCGAAUGCCUGAUGCUGGUUACCAGAGGGUCUGAGAACUGACUGUCCGUGUUUGUAUGGAGCACUUUGGAGGCAACGACUGGAACUUGCCACAUUUUUUGUUUUUAAAAAUAAUUAAAUAAAAAAAACCUGCUGCUAUUGAUGUUUUGUGUGUAUCGGGGGUUUGGCCCAUUUCAGGUUGGAUCGUUCCAGUGGUCAUUGGCUCUUAUUUCCAAGUAGCAGGAGUCUGUUUCCGCCCCCCCUCCUCCCCCCCCAGUUAAUGUUUAUUCUUCUGGAUGGAGGAUGGAUCAUGCCAUUUGAGCAAAAAUCAUCCAUUUUUGAAGUACCAAAACCCAGAGAGCUGACUCAUGAUCUGAGGGUAGCAGAGCUCCGUAGUGUUGAGUGCCCCCUGCUGAGAGGCGCUGCCCGCCCCGCUGUAGCAUCAGAACAAUCAUCGUCCUGUUCUUUAGGUUCUCCUAUGUUCUGUUAUUUUUUUCCCAUAAAGCUCAUCUUCAAUUACUGGUUAGAAACGUUUUGCUCAUCUUUUUUUUUUCUUGUAAUCUUUAACACAAAACAGCCAGUUUGUUGUUAACCUUGUAAAUAUGUUCUUUUAAUAAAUUCUUACAUCUACACUUUCA